UGGUAGUAUGAAUCAUCAGGUAAUUGUUUUUAAAAUAAAUAGGAUGUGACUGUGGCUUUUGUGGACUGCCCGCGAUAUUUAUUGAGGACAGACUUGUACUCCUCAUGUCUCCUCAUGACUCAAAGUAGUUGCCGGAGUCGGCGAAGGGCAGCUCAGUAGAGAGGGGAGCUAGAGGACGGUGAUCAAUCAACAAAUUUGUGUGAAACAACGACCCAUUGUGUUUGAAAAAAGAAACACCAAUGUAACGGGUCCGGGUAAGCGGUAGACCGUGAGCUGGCAUGCAAUUGAGGCGUUUGCCGUGGAGGUUUGCGCGCCUGGUUCUGCUCCUGUGUGUGGUGUCGCCUCUGCUGAUCUAUACUGCUGGCUAUUUAUCGUUCCGCUCCGUCAAGCAGAGUCCUGGAAAUGGCCUUGCCAGAGACACAGAUAAUCAUGCCACUAACAAACAAUCCCAGAUUCCUGGCGGCACGACUGAAUCUGCGUCUUUGAAGGCACCCCUGGUUCUCUCUACGGAUCAGCAAUACCAAAAUUUGCAGAAAAUAAGGAGCCCAGCUCCAGGAACAAAUGAUAAGGAUGGGUUAGGCGCUACAACUGCUCCAGUGUAUUCGUCGCGUAUCCAUGCCUUCUACUACCCUUGGUAUGCCUCUCCAGCCAUAGAGGGAAAGUAUCUGCAUUGGAACCAUCGUAUUCUGCCGUUCUGGGGCGAUAAAGAGGCCGUUAAGAAGCCGCCGCAUUAUCACACACCCCCUGGCGACAUCGGAGCGCAGUUUUACCCCCAGCUAGGUAUCUAUAGCUCUCGCUCGCUGGCUGUUAUCAGUGCACACAUGAAGCAAAUGAAAGCCGCUGGGGUUGGAGUUGCUGCGGUCAGUUGGUAUCCACCAAAGUUGGCUGACGACAACGGAAAGCCGAGUGACGAUGUCAUUCCGAUGCUUUUAAAGGCCGGCCAUGAGCAUGGUGUGAGCAUUGCAUUUCACCUGGAACCUUACGAACCGCGUAGUGCCAAAGACGUAUACAAUGACCUCAAGUACAUCAUUGACACCUACGGCCAGCAUCCGGCAUUCUACCGCACUCGCCUAUCUGCGGGCACGCCAAGCCGUCCGAUUGUUUAUGCGUACGAUUCUUACAAGAUCCCAACUGACCAAUGGAAAGCGUUGCUGACUGAAGGUGGUGCCAUGUCGAUCCGUGCUAGCAAGUAUGAUUGUCUAAUGGUGGGACUUGUUGUGAACAAGAAUGACCUAGAGAAACUGCAUGCGGCUGGAUUCGAUGGAUCCUACACUUACUUCGCCAGCAAGACGUUCACGUUUGGCUCGAACCCGGAGAACUGGAAGUGGCUGAACGAGCUCUCAGCCAAGCUGAACAUGCUGUUCAUUCCCAGUAUAGGCCCUGGCUAUGAUGAUACGGCCAUUAGGCCGUGGAACGCCGACACUCGCCAAGUUCGUGCUGGCGGUAAGUACUACAGGGAUAUGAUCUCGGCUGUUCUGGAGUUGGACAUCGAGGCAAUCUCCAUUACCUCUUUCAACGAGUGGGGCGAAGGAACUCAGAUCGAGUCGGCCGUUCCGUACACGUUCAUUAAUCCACAUGGCUCCAACCGUGUCUACUCAGAUUACCAGCCACUCGCGCCGGACGGCUAUCUCAAAAUCACGAAGGAAGACCUAAAUCAUUUUGUUCCUGCUAGACUCUUCUGAGUUGGACCAUGGCAUGCUCGGUGCUGUGCUGUACUAAGUUCUCAUCACGCCCAGGCAGGUUUAAUUUAGACCUGUGGGCAUACCAGCAAGGUAGAUCUAUGAUUUUAUUUUAUCCCAUCGAAUUACUGUGCAGUAUACAGUCGUGGCAAGCGAAA